AUGUUAAAAAAACAAAAAAAAACAACCGGUCAAAUUUCUUCUUCUACUUCAACAUAUAUCCAUCCUUCAUCCCGUAAAGCAGCCCAAUUACAAAGGGCAGCUUUACGUAAAGAUCGAGUAGAACGAAUUAAAUCAAAAAAAUUUAAUGAAGGAAUUCAACCUUUAAUUGAUAGAAUAUUAUGGUUUAAAUAUGCUUUGGAUGAUUCGAUUCCUUGCGCUACUAAAAAUGAAAAUAGACCUAAAUCUAGUGCCAAAGAAGAUUUAUUAAAAGCAUUGAAAUCAAAAGAAAAACGUGAAUAUAUUGAAGGAUUUGAAAUUCCAAAUUUGAUGGAUUCAAGAAAUGUUAAAACAUUACGUGAAUGGGAUGGUGAUCCAAAUUCCAUACAAAUCAAGCAGAUUGAAGAAGGAAUGAAAAAACUUAAUUAUAAUGACACACCACAAGAAGUCAUGAAACAAACAAUAAGACAAGAAACAAUGGUGCUUGAUUGA